GUUGGUGAGCAAAGUUUUUGCAUUCUUGAAUAGGAAGAUUGCUGACUUUUCCAAUUGGCCAACCAGGGUAUCCCCGUUUGCUCGCUACUAUGGAAGACGAAUGCAUCACGAUCACAGUGGAAGGGUAUCCCUACUUGAUCGCUGACUACGGUGAGCAACUGGCAUGGCUCUCAGCCGCUUUUGCGCAGAAUGACCGAAACAUUUAUCGUAAGCCAACCAUCACUCGACCGAGAGAGAUAGGCUGCGGUGAAGUCAUUCUCUGUUUCGAUAUCGUUGUGGACGAAAGACCCAUCGGGUCGUUGCCGCCACAAGAGCGAUGGUGGACUGAUAUGAUGGAAGAUGACUUCGUAGCAAUUCAAGGGUUUCCGAUUCGUCGCCGCCCAAAAGAAUUCCCUGGAUUGGAGAUGUCGUGGGAGAUGCUCCAAGAGCUUUUGGGGCAUCCUUUCAUUGUACAUGAAACCAAAGGAAGACAAACAGUAUUGGAAGGUUCGAGAAAGAGAAUUGCGCUUUACAAAAAAGCCGAUAAUGUCUUUCUCUGGCAUGAGGUUUUCCGCAUCGACAACAGUCUCUGCCAGUCGACAGCCGAAUGGAUGGCAGGUCAUGGUGUGCAUAAGUUCGAAAAGGAGAAAUUUCAGUCAGGUCGGCAUGUCAUCUGCAAAGAAGAACAGCGGUCAAAGACCCAACAUAAAAUCGAUGAAGUUGUGGAAGGAAAGCUCUCUGACGGCCCAUUCACACCACUGUCGAAGCCAAUAUUAGACACAAUUGACAACUCAACAUGGCGCUCAAACGAGCCUCAACAACAAAGCGUGUUCAAUACCAUCCGAGACCAUCUUGUUGAUGUCUUUGAUGACUGCAACUAUGAGACUGCUGAUUCUGCAGACUCUCUGGACACAGAUCUUCUUUCAAUCUCAGAGGAGUCAGAUGAAAUUGAUUUCCAACCUUUGAACAAGGACCAUCCGAUGUUACCAAUCAUCCAAGCAACUGCCCGCGCCCUCCUUCUAGACUAUCGGCUUCAAAACCAAAGUCGUGGACAGACAACUUCAGGCGGCACCUCUUCCUCUAUCCUAGCCUCGGAUCAAGAACAAACUGGAAACAAUUCAUCGAGUCCUGAUCGCCCAAAUAACACGUGCAAAAAGCGUAACGCUGAUGGGGAACUCAAGUCAGGAAUGGAGUCUAAAAACCCAUUGCCGGAGACAAGCCGACUUACUUUUGCAUGCCCAUUUUGGAAAGCGGACUACGACAAAUAUCACAUCUGUGCUACCCGAGUACUAACAAGAGUACGGGACGUCAAGCAGCAUCUUAAAAGGAACCAUACGCCUGCACACUACUGCCAACGAUGCUUCGAGAUCUUUUCCAACGAGGAUCGCCUUCGAGGGCAUGUAGCCCGUGGAGAGGGCUGGGCUUGUUCCAUAAAUGAAACAGGGACUUUGGAAGGCAUUUCUCAUGAACAAAGCAAGGUCUUACACAAGAAGUCGAAUCCUGAUUUUUCAGAUGAGAACCAGUGGUUUGCAAUUUGGGAAAUUUUGUUUCCCACGAAGACAAAACCGCGCUCAGCGUACAUGAACCCCAACCUGGGCGCGGAUCUUUCAGCUUUUCAGGAGCACCUGAGUAGACAUGCCGCACCUGCCGUGCAUCGAGCAUUGCAGGAAGCAGGGAUACUGUUGCAGUCCACUGAAGAUGAAUCACAACACGUUCGGAGAGUGGUCAACGAGGCCAUCUACGGCAUGCAGCAAGAGUGGAUUUCAAACAGGGCUAUUGCGCGACCGGUAGCAAACACAAGGCAUUCCCAUCCUCAGAAUCAUCCUGGGAACUCUCGAACCGUUGGAGAAUUGAGAACUCCAGCUGAUAGCGCCAUUGGUUUGGGAUCACAGACCGACGGUUCAAAUCGAAGACCGAGUAACAUAUCUCAACAACCGAAUUUAUCUAGUUUAGGAGAUCAGAGAAGCUCAGUUGGAAUUGAGCCUCAACUUUUGACAAGUUUAGGAGAUGCAGCUCGGAACAUGCCCGUCUUCGAUCCGCCAGCCCCUACAAUAAGCUCGGCCUCCCAGUCAGCACCGAACUUUUGGGAGCCACAAGCGUCACCUCUGGGAGAUUUUGAAACCAGCUCAAGAAUGACCGGGUUUGGUGGAAUGACCGGUUUAGUGUCGCCAAUCGAUCUUUCAUUUUGGGACUUUGAGGAGGACGUGGGACAUAUCGCUCCCGCAGCGGGAGGAUCAGGUACGGUGGAGGUUCCAUCGCCAACGGCGUAGGCGCCUUGCGGGUUGAUGCUGAGAUUAAGUCAUUCUUUCAAUACAGAACUGUUCGUAGUCGGAGGCCGGAUAAACUCGCCAAUAGAUCAUGAGUCGUACUUAUGAAAGGCUAGAGAAAAACAUAGACUGGGCUGCAAAGUAGCAUAUCAGACAAGAAGUAGUGAGACAAAACUAAUUAUUCAUGUCAAAAUGAAUACAUAACCCAGUUGAAAACCAAAUAUUGGAGCCUCAUUGUUUUCGUACUGGGGAGAUGAGUAGGACUUAUCCCAUCAACUGCGGAAUGGCGACAGAACUCCGGUUCCCCAGUCUUCUCUAAGUCUGCUCUUUUAUGAUUUUGUUUAUCACAGGGAAUAAGGGAAAAAGGAUCAGAUCAA